CCGCCGUCGCGCACCUCCGCAGUCCCCAGCGGUCUGCGCCGCGCCACCCUGCCCCCCGCGAGCAGGGCCCUCGCACCCCCGUGCGGUGCCUUGGUACGCGCCGCCGGGCGGGCGGGACCCGGCGGGGCGGCUCCCGGGGCGGGUCCCGGGCCGGGCACUGUUGCCCCUGCCCGGCAGGGCGGACUGCAGCCCCACGGGCCCUGCACAGCAUGGGGAGGCGCUGCUGGCCGCGGCGCGCCCUGGCCGCCGCGUGUCUGGGUGCCGUGCUCCUACUCCUGGGCGCCGCGCCCCGCGCCCUGAGCCCGGCAUUUGAAAACAGCUUGGGCUCUGGCUGGCUUGGUGGGAAGAGGAGGAGUCCCCUGCAGAUGCUUUAUGACUUGGACCAGGGCCCGCGCUCUGCCCUGGCCGAAGUGCACCGGCAGCGGCGGGACCUGCUGCGCCGCGCCUGCAGUCGCCACACGCGCCGGCAGCGCCUGCUGGGGCCCGAGGACCUGCGGCACGUGCUGGUGGACGACGCGCACGGCCUGCUCUACUGCUACGUGCCCAAGGUGGCCUGCACUAACUGGAAGCGCGUGCUGCUGGCGCUGAGCGGCCGCGCCCGCGGCGACCCACUCUCCAUCCCCGCGCACGAGGCGCAUGCGCCGGGCCGCCUGCCCUCGCUGGCCGACUUCAGCCCGGCCGAGAUCAACCGGCGGCUGCGCGCCUACCUGGCCGUCCUCUUCGUGCGCGAGCCCUUCGAGCGCCUGGCGUCGGCCUACCGCAACAAGUUCGCGCGGCCCUACAGCGCGGCCUUCCAGCAGCGCUACGGCACGCGCAUCGUGCGGCGCCUGAGGCCGCGCGCGCACCCCGACGCGCUAGCGCGCGGCCACGACGUGCGCUUCGCGGAGUUCCUGGCCUACCUGCUGGACCCGCGCACGCGCCGCGAGGAGCCCUUCAACGAGCACUGGGAGCGCGCGCACGCCCUCUGCCACCCGUGCCGCCUGCGCUACGACGUGGUGGGCAAGUUCGAAACGCUGGCGGAGGACGCGGCCUUCGUGCUGGGCCUGGUGGGCGCGUCCGGCCUGCGCUUCCCGGGGCCCCCGCCCCGGGCCAAGGGGGCUGCCGCCCGCGACCUGGCUGAGCGCCUCUUCCGGGACAUUAGCCCCUUCUACCAGCGGCGCCUCUUCGACCUCUACAGGAUGGACUUCUUGCUCUUCAACUACUCUGCCCCUUCCUACCUGCGGCUGCACUAGGCCGUGGAGCCUCCGCGGGGUCCGUCACACUAACCGAUGCCCUGGGGUCUCAGGUGGGGCCCGACAGUGCGCGUGCUGGGGCUGCCUGCCCGGACUCCACUCUGAGCACCACGGCGCCCCGCGUUUCCCUGCUUGGCCGGCCCACCGGGGCCUCCAUCCCAUCUGGCCAGGUUUGGGUGCCGCCCAUCUCAGACGGCUGUACACCCGUGCCUGCCGGUCACUUGAUGCUUGCUUCCUCUGACUGCGCCAUCUGGCAGGCACUCCUCCAGACCCCUGGGUGGGGAAGCAUUGAAUUACUAGUAUUUUUUUAGCUUGUGAGAGACCAUUUUGGCGGGGGGGGGGGGGGGGGGGGUCAGCUUUGACCCCAGACCUGUUUGUGGUGCAACAGAGCAGAAUGCUGGUUCAGUGCCAUCUGUGGCCUCGCCUAGUGCCCUCUUCACCGCCCCUGCCCUGGCACCGGACAGCCGUAGCCCAGGAGGAAAACCCUGUGUCUUUGGGCUCAGGCUCUGGCCAUCCUGGUCAGUGGGCAUGGCCCUGGAGCCCACCCUGAGCUGCCUUCCACUCUGUCUGUCACGGAGCGGUGCUGCCUCCCCCUGUGGCUGGCCCCACCUUUGAUCUCCAUCUGGCCAGAUCCUAAGUCUUCCGUGUGUGCCCACGGAGCCCAGAGUACCUUAUGGUGGCAGGUGUUAGAGGACCUUGGUGAGCUGGGGAGCUCAUGUUUUUGAAAUGUUUUGUUUUGUUUUGUUUACUUCUGACGUUUUGGAGUUUCUCUGCUUUGUUUUGCCAUUUGCUCUGAUACUGAGGGUGUCGGAUCUUGGGCAUCCCAACAAACCUCCACGCCUCAGUUUUCCUUUGCUGCCAAAGGGCACAAGAAUGCGGGGUGGUCGCGAAGAUCAGACGAGAGAGGUGGAGAGCCUGGCUUUCCUUCACAGCAGCCCACACCGGUGAAGGGCUCUAUGGGGAGUGUGGUAAGGAGCAGGUGCACCAUGACAAGGGGUGCUAAAUUCUGGCUGGAGGUGCAGUGGUGAAAACUCUGGCGGGGGGGGGGGGGCGAUGGGAAUCUGACCUUUCAGUCUGCCUGGGCUAAAGAUAAAAGCUGAAACCAGCUCAGUGGAACCCCGGGCCUGGGGCUGCCUCCCACCCUUCUGUGGGUUGUGGGUGUGUGGGUGUGUAUUUGCAGUGUGUGUCAGGCCGCUUGGCAGUGAGGAUACCCCCUUGUGGCUUUGGGAAGACAGCCAGCCCUGGGAGUCCCUUAGGAAGGACUGAAUGUCCCCCUAGUGACUGUUUGGAUAUGUGGUGUCCUUUCUCAGUUUCCCUGAAUGUAAAUCAAAAUGCCAGAACUUUGGGAAGACCAGGGCAGGAUAUGCCUGAGGCUUUGAGAAACAGAAAUCAGAGCACAGCUGAGGAAGGGCAGCUUGGCAGGGCAGAGGCCAAACCUGGGUUGUGGUGCCCCCACACCCUGUGGUGAGAGCCCACAAGCCUGGUUACAGGACCCUACUGGCCUGCGGGGGCCAGGCUGGCCAGGGACUGACAGCUCAGUCCCAUUCAUGCCUCGGCCUUUGCUGAUGUUGUUACCCCUGCCUGCAAUGGAUGCUUUCCCUUUCCAGGCCAGUUCUAGGGCUCCUCCUUCUCAGAAGCCUGUGGAGGCCUUCACGGACGCCGUGUCCAUGGGGCCUGCCAGCAAGGGUCAGUGAUGGCCGACCCCUGUGGACCUGGGAAGGGGCUGCCCCUGGGCUCCCCGUGAAGACUCACCCUGCUGGAGAGCGGUGGAAAGCCCAGGAGCCUGAAACAGCACCAGGAUGAGGGGGGAGGAGCCAGGCCUGUGACACACCGGGAGGCUUGUUCCCAUGCUCCCUCGUAUACCAUACCCACCCUCGUAUGCCAUACCCACAGUGGGUCACGUGCCAUCUCACGGUCAGUUGUUCCACACACUUCCAUGACACACACCUUUGUUCCAAGCUCCCUCAGUGUCCACGCAGCCUUUGAUGCGACCUGUUUGCUGAAGUUAUUUCCCAUCCAGUGCUCCCCCGCCCCAGGUCGUCACCAUCAGAAGUCACCCUCUGGUUCUGCAAUCACAGCACCUGCUGUCAUGUCCUUCAGCGCCUCCUGCAUCCUGAAGCUUAUCACAUCCACGCACACUCCCUCAUACUGCACACCCCCCAUUGAUGGCACUUGAUGUCACACCCUCUGUUGUGAGUAUGAGGGCCACACGCCAGGCCCCGGGGCUGAAGGCCCCUCUUCUCCCUCGUGUGGGCCGCAGGGAAUUCCUCCCACUCUGGUGUCCUCUGACCGGCUUCCUCUCCGGCUGGCGCCGGAAUGUGUCUGUCCUCUCAGGCUGACUGCCCGCCCCUCAACAGCAAGGUCCCAGCCGGGUCAUCAGAUGGCCCGAGGAAGACAGGGUCUCACGUGAACAGCUGGACACGACAAGAGGGCGUCUGGAGGGGUGCCCACCCGGGCACCCUUCAGUGAUUUAUUCUACUAACAGGCUCCCCCAGUUCCUGAAGGAAUCAAGAGCGCAAACUGAAGGUCACUUGGCAUUUUAGCUUACUGGCAGCUGUCUUCCAUUUCGUGGUUUUCCAUCUCAGAGCUGAGGGGUGCUGGCCAGCAGCCUCCCCAGCAAGGAAAGGACACUGGUGGAUUGGGUUACAAAGACUUGUUUAAAAUGUUUCAGUGUUCUUCUGCUGUUUUUGGCUUUGUGAGGAAAAUGUUUCCCGGAUUUUUGUAGUUAUGGUGUUGGUUUUUGUUUUGUUUUGUUUUGUUUUUCAGUUUUCUGUGGUGGCUUUGUCAUCCAGGCAGCUUCCUGGGAGGCAGAGUUCCAUGAUUUAAAAUUUUGCUAAAAUAAACCCCUGGUUCUUUGUCCGAA